AUGGCAUCAGAUGGUUGUGACCCUCCUAUUCCACCUUUAGCAAAAUCAGAUAAGGAGAAGGGCAAGAAGAAAUCUUAUAUGGUGAAGUUGUUAAAUCGUUUCAAUAAUGUAAAUGCUUCAAGUAGUCAGCCAUCUACACCUACCUCUACCUCCACUGCUAGAUUUGUUCCACCACCAUUACAAGUUCCUGGUUUGACACCUACUGCACCAUCAAUUCCACCUUCGUUGGAAGUUCCUUCCUUCACACCUAGUCCACAACAAUUUGCUGCUGAUCAAUGGAGAUCACCCUUCCCCCAUGUUGGUUCUAACCCAACAACUCCCACAAAUAUGCCAUCACCACCUCCUAUAGGGGAUAACCCUCCACAUUCAAGUUCAGCAGCCAAUGACUUUGAAGAUGUUUCCAACAAUCGUCCAAUCAUUACACCUAUUGGAGGAGGGUUUUAUCCAACAAAAACAGCAUCCAAAGCAAUCACAGCCACCAUCAAGCAACAGUUUGAUGAGCCAUGGGUGACAUGGGGAAAUAUACCUCAGACACAAAGAGAUGUUUUCUUUGAGCGUUUUAGGAGGAAGGUUUCAUGGAGGUCUAACCAUGAAGAAAAGGUGAAAAAAAAUUUCCACACCAAAGCAUCUCAUAGAUUAUCUGAGAUGUUUAAAAAGGCUCGAACAGAAGGAAAAAAACCUAAUUGGAUGAGGGAUAUUGUUUGGAAUGGUCUUUUGGAGAAGUGGAACAUGCCACUUUAUAGACAAAAAUGUGAAACGGCCAAAAAGAACAGGACAUCUGACAAGGGUGGUUGUUUACACACUGGGGGAUCCAUUAGCGUGCAUGAGCAUGCAAUUCGUCUGGAAGAGUUUGAAGCAAAAUUUUCUCAAAUAAGAUCUGAGACAGCAUUUGUUGGUGCUUCAGCAUGUUCUCCCCUAGACCCUGCAGAUGAGGAAAGAUUGAGGAACCAAUGUUGGUUGGACGUUGCUAGUGGAAGGUACAAGGGACGCGUAUACGGCAUCGGAAAUGUCAGUGCUCAAGAUGACUGUGUUGAUAGUUACAUACAACAGACACAGGCAUCUUCUUCUCAGCAACCGAUGGUAGACGACAUUUCUAACCUCCACACACGAGUAUCAACCCAUGAUGACCAACUUCGACAGAUGAACUCUCAAUUGCAAGGCUUUAUUGGCGUCAUAAUGCAGUACCUUCCGCCUCCUACAGUCGCAAUUGCACAACAAUUUUUUCAAUCCCAAAAUCAGCCACAAACUAAUGUUCAACCACAACAACCACAACAACCACAACAACCACAGCAACCACAGCAACCACAGCAACCAACAGAUCAACCACAAGAUGAUAAUGUUUAUGGAGAUUACUAG